CCGAAAAUCCAUCGGGGCCAUGCCAUGCAUCUUGCCACAGCGCGCGGGGGGGGAUAAUGUCCUGAUGAUUCAUCCUCUUGCUCGUUAGGCGCUGCCAUUCCUCCAACGGCGGCUUGACCUCCUGCCUGAUGUUGUUUUUCCCACACAAUCAAUACGUUGCAUGUCGUGAGAGUGUCAGAGGAGGGUACCCAGCCUUUCGCUUCGCCACGCCGCGCCCAUUCCAGAUGCUGCCCGUACAUUAGACUGGCCUCCGCCACCGAGAUGAGAGGGAGAAGUAACCAAGCAGACGCAUCUGUACAGCCAUUCGCCAAGGCACCAAAGAAAAUUCGAAAGCGCACCCAGCAAAAUGAAAUCUUGACUGUUUCGAACGAGGACCCCGCCUCGGUAGCUUCGCGUUGAUCGGAAAUGCUACCGAAUCCAGCGGCCUGAUUAAUCAGGAAACACGCUCCUCGACGCGUCUGACUACACCAUCCGUCACGUGCACCAUGAAAACGUUUCAGUAUGCGCUUUCAUCACACAGAGCUAUCAUGGCCACCACACACAAGGGAAAAAACAGCCUGCACCAGGCGGCUUAGUCGUAGCCGUUGGCGCUCUCUCACUGCCAGACGUUGCAAUUUGCCGUAUCACAAUGAUCAACCAAUCCAGGCAUCAGGCAAACCGUGCCGAAUGGUCCAUCGGUCAGAAAGGGCACAUGUGAGAAUAGGGCAACGCCCGCAAGCAAGCAAGCAGGCAACUGGGAGCAAUCCGUCAAUCAACCGGAAUCACCAUAGCUGAUGUGAGAGUGCCGCCAACUCAGCCUUCUUCUUUUUUUCCUUCUUCUCAAACAAUCCCUUGAUAGCAUCAUCAUGGUGUAUGCAGCUGCAGAAACCCACACGUACCAAAUCGCGCGUUGCGUCGUUGGAUGCACGGUAUCGUAAUUGAAAAGCAAAUAUGAGGUCAUACCACCCCAUCCUGUCUAUCGGUCUGCAAUGUACGCCUAUCACAUCCUGACCCUCCCCCUCCUCGCCCCGUCGUCUUACAUGCACCAAUUGUUCCACCCCAUGCGGUGCUCAUGUCGGUCCAUUUCAUAUACGGCCGAUAGAAAGGAAGAAAAAGUUUAGUACAAAAUGGUACAUGUUGGAGCUGUGAUAAGCAAGGCUGAGAUUGUCUUGUCAGAGCGACGGACGGAUGCUCACGUCUAAGCAUGACUGUACUUUU